ACUUCAGUCACCGACUCAGCGUAACAGUCAGGCGGGUGAUUUUUUCCGCCAAAAACCGCGCAGUUCAAAUGCACAAGCUUUUCAAAACCGGCCAUGGAAUUCUCUAUCCCAUCCUCCUCAGAAACCCCAAAUUCCUGACACCCAUUUCACAAUUUCACAUCUCCAGCGAAACCCUAGCUCCGAAUCGGAAGCUCGAAUUCGUAGUCAAUGAAGUUCAACAGCUUCGAUCAUCAAAUCCCAGUAAUGAAUUUGUCUCGGCCUCAGACACCGACGAACCGUCGGGCCCGGCCAACGAGGAAGGUUUUGCGGUCCAGAUUUCGCAUCCAUGGCGGGAAUGGGUGGACCUGAUGGAGCUUUUGCUGAAGAGAGGCUAUUUUGAAGGAGACGAAAACCCGUUUCGGAACGGCGAAGUUGGUCCAAAGGAAUCGAACCGUAUCCGAACCGCUUGCCUUAAUUUUGCUAGGGACCGGUCGAGUCUUCUGAGGUUAUUGUCAAGGAAAGAUGUCCAGAUUAUUGCAGGGUAUGGAUGCCCAAGCAUAGACAGGAAAGUUGUCAACUCAGGAAAGCGGCUAAGGGCACAUGUCGGGGUUGAUGAAGGAGAUGUGUGCAGCUCCUGCGGUUUGAGAGGCGACUGUGAGAGAGCAUAUGUAAAGGCCCGUGAAGAUGAAGGUGGACGUACUGUGGAUGUUAUGCGAUUCUUGUUAACGCAUGGGCUUGAUCCCCUUACUGAUACAGUGGGGAACAAGCCUUCUCUAAAUAAAAAGGUCAAAGAAUCAGUGAGAAGGCUAUUGAAAGAGAUGGUGGAGUACAGCACUGAUAAGCUUGAUACCGAUCUCCCAACGAACAUGACUUUAAAAGGGGUUAAACCCUCGCCAAAACAUGCAAUGCCACAAGAAAAGCACAACAUAAAUGUUCCAAUGAAGCAAGGAGAUUGGAUCUGCCCCAAAUGCAACUUCCUCAAUUUUGCCAGAAAUGUUAAGUGCUUACGUUGUGAUGGUCUAUUCCAAGAGAGACUGGCGAAACUAAGGGAGGAUCAGGAUCAUCUUCCAUUGAAGAAGGGGGACUGGAUAUGUGAAAAAUGCAAUUUCCUAAAUUUUGCCAAGAACAGUAGAUGCUUGCAGUGCAAAGAGAAGCCACCCAAGCGAGAGCUAAAUCCUGGAGAGUGGGAGUGUGACUCCUGCAAUUACAUCAAUUUUAGGAAAAACAUGCUAUGCUUAAAAUGUGAUCAUAAAAGGCCCAAGACGUCUGCUGAACCUAGACAUGAAGAUGGAGGCUACCAUAACAGUAAUAGUGUUAGUUUUGGUGACACUAAUGUUAAUGAUCGAUCCUACUCGGGACAAGGUAGAAAUGGUCAAAACAGAGGUGCAGGCAGGUGGAGAUUUGUGGUUGAAGAGAAUGAUGAUCAUAGCCAGUCAAACUCAUUAGAUAAGACUUCCAGGUUUGUAGACUUCCCAAUUGCAGGAGGUAAGACUGAACUGUCUCAGAAUCCACAAAAGAGGAACAGAUGGAAGUUGAAGAUGUUAGAGAAGAGCAAAGGAGGCACGAUGGAUAUGGCAAGUGAUGAUGAACUUGGGUCUACCAGUAAUGAAAGAAGAGUAUUGUUUUCUGAUUCUACGGAUGAUGAAGAGAUGGCCGCGUGGUUUGGGGAUAGAAAGCUAGAAACACAAAGGCUUCCAUCUAGGCCCAACUAAUUUCAGGUCUAAAGAUGCCAUACAAAAAAUUCUAAAUGUUACUUUUGCAUUUUGCUAUCCAUUUCGAAAAUGAGUUUAAUUUAUGCUUCAUUGUUA